CAGGAUUGUCACACACACACACAAACACCGCCCCGCCGGCAAGGAGCCUUAUCACGAGGCUCUGCCUGUCUUGGUUUCCCUAAAGGAGGAGAAGAGAUUAAAUGGACCUUUGCGGUCAGCCUUGGCUGCCGAGGGGCACUUAGCCUGCUGAUGAGUGAGAUUGGGCUUCUGCAGUCAGACUUCCCAGGAGGAGACAAAGGAGGUGGGGUAUACUACAAUCGUGGUGGCUGUAACCCACGUUCUGAAGCAACCCACAGGAUGGAAAGGCAGGCUGUCCAUCGUGAAAAUACAGAGCAGCAUCUGUCUGUGAAUGGCCAGAUUUUUCUUCAGGGCUUUCCCUCUCAGGAAUCCCUGCUGCUGACUUUUUCCUAUCUCUCUUCUUUGGGGGAAUCCUGACUCCGAGAGAAGCUUCCUUCUGUAUCUGUGGGGUUGCCUCCUCUUUUUUUUUUUCCUUUUUGUGCUACAGCGUGGAAACGGCUUGUGUUUUCGUUAAAUUCAGACUUCUCAAGCUGUCACCUGACAGUCUUGUGGUUCUGGAUGAAUGUGGAUCAUUUCUAUUAUUAACCUGAUUUGGUAGCUGAUCAUAAUAACAAGAGUUGCAGAAAUUCUGAAAAGUGGAACCCGCUUGAGGGACAGAGAUGCUUUCCAGCUGGCCUUUGCCGGAGUUUAAUCCAAGUCAGAUCCGACUGAUUGUGUACCAAGACUGUGAAAGAAGAGGACGAAAUGUUUUAUUUGAUUCCAAUGCCAAGAGAAGAACUGAAGAUGUGUCAAUCUCGAAGCUCUGCAGUGAUGCACCAGUGAAAGUGUUUGGAAAAUGUUGCCAGCUCAAACCUGGAGGAGAUAGUUCAUCUUCUCUGGACAGCUCAAUCAAUUCCUCUUCUUCUUCUACUGAAACAAAAGAACACUGUCCAAAACUUCAGGGUUCUCGAUGUUCGUCAGAUGCCAAUAUGCUUGGGGAGAUGAUGUUUGGUUCUGUGGCUAUGAGCUACAAGGGUUCAACUUUAAAAAUCCACCAGAUUCGCUCUCCUCCACAACUUAUGCUGAGCAAAGUUUUUACAGCUCGAACAGGAAGCAGUAUUUAUGGAAGUUUAAACACGCUUCAAGACAGUCUUGAGUUUAUUAAUCAAGAUAAUAAUACUUUGAAGCCAGAUCAUACCACAGUUAUGAAUGGACUGCUUAUGAACAUAGGUUUCUCACAGCUUUGCAGCCCUAGGCGGGCAUUCUCUGAACAAGGUCCGCUCCGCCUGAUCCGGAGCGCCUCUUUCUUUGCAGUUCACAGCAACCCUAUGGACAUGCCUGGCCGAGAACUGAGUGAAGACAGAGACAGUGGAAUUGCAAGAUCUGCAUCUCUUAGCAGCCUGCUUAUCACUCCUUUUCCAUCUCCGGGUUCUUCACUGAACAGAAGCUGUGCUAGCAGUUACCAACGGCGCUGGCGUCGCAGUCAGACGACAAGCUUGGAGAAUGGAGUCUUCCCAAGAUGGUCAGUGGAAGAAAGCUUUAACUUGUCAGAUGACAACUCGAGCCCAAAUCCAGGAAUUGUCAGGAAAAAGAAGAUAGCAAUUGGGGUGAUAUUCUCACUUUCAAAGGAUGAAGAAGAAAAUAGCAAAUUUAAUGAGUUCUUUUUCUCACACUUCCCUCUUUUUGAGAGCCAUAUGAAUAAGCUGAAGAGUGCAAUAGAACAGGCUAUGAAAACAAGCCGGCGGUCAGCUGAUGCCAGCCAACGGAGUUUGGCAUAUAACAGGAUUGUGGAUGCCUUAAAUGAAUUCAGAACAACAAUUUGCAACCUCUAUACUAUGCCACGGAUUACAGAACCAGUUUGGCUUACGAUGAUGUCGGGGAUGCCCGAGAAGAAUCAACUCUGCCAUCACUUUAUGAAGGAAUUUACUUUCCUAAUGGAACAAGCUUCCAGGAACCAAUUUUUACCUGCUCUUCUAACUGCAGUUUUGACUAACCAUCUGGCCUGGGUGCCAACUGUCAUGCCAAAUGGCCAGCCACCCAUUCGAAUAUUUCUAGAGAAGCAUUCCUCACAGACAGUGGACUUGUUGGCAAAGAGUCACCCGUACAACCCACUGUGGGCACAAUUAGGAGAUCUGUAUGGAGCCAUUGGAUCACCUGUGAGACUAUCAAAAACGGUUGUGGUUGGCAAAAGGCAAGAUCUUGUGCAACGUUUACUUUAUUUCCUUACUUAUUUCAUAAGAUGCUCGGAAUUGCAAGAGACUCAUCUUUUGGAAAAUGGUGAGGAUGAAGCCAUAGUAAUGCCUGGUACAGUCAUCACCACAACACUAGCAAAAGGUGAGGUGGAGGAAUCUGAAUAUGUGCUCAUCACAAUGCACAAGAACAGAAGCAAUAUAUCCUUUCAAGAGACUGAAGAAGUUAGAACUUCUGACUGCGGUUGUAAAUAUUGCAAAUGCCCUGUUAAUCCUGAUCAAAAAGCAGAUGCUGUUUCAGGACUGGAGAAAGAAGAUUCACAGAAUGGCCUAAAGAUGGAUAAAGCUGCUUCAUGUGAAAGCAGUGUGGAGCCUUCUCUUGUUCAAGAAAAGUCUGUUGAAGUUAAAUGCAAAGAAGCACCAAUGCCUUGUGCAGGAAUACAGUUAGAAAGAGUAGUCUUCACAGGAUCAGCAUCUGUGGAAACGUGUUUGUUGCCAGAGUCCAGUUUGGAACCAACUGGUGGAUUAUGGCAGAAUAGAGAAUUGAUGGAUUCUGACAAUCAGCCUGUGGAACUGUUAAGAUCAACAAGUACAAUGGUAGAGAAGAAACCGCCCGAUAAAAUGUCAUCUCAUGCAAUUCCUUGUAGUCUGGCUGAAGCUCAAACAAAGGUGACUUUCCUCAUUGGAGAUUCUAUGUCCCCUGAUUCAGACAUUGAGUUGCGAAGUCAAAUGGCUGAAGAACAAAUGUCCAGGCACAGCAGCUAUAUGGAGAUUGAAGAAAGAACAACUGCUGAGCAGAACUGUGAAAAUCAAACCCUUGAGGACCAAAAAAGAGAUCAGAAUGUGCCUGAAAAGUUCCCUCAGGUUGCUAUUGAGGUCCAGAAUUGGAAUCCUUACAGAGCAGAAAGUGAAAAUUUGCUUACCGAAUAUUUUACUGAAGAAGGUUCUGCUGUAACCAGGACUAUGGAUGAUAUUCCAGUGGAAACAGCAAGAGACAUUCUAGACUCUAAUAGUAGCUUAGAAUUUCCACCCAAAACUUUGAGUACAAAGAAUAACAAAUCCCCUAGUGAAUUUUGUAAGUUUGUAGAAUCUGUUCGUCAAGAGACUUGUAAAAACUGUUUUGCAAAGCAGGACCAAAGAGAAAAACUCUCCAUAUUUAUCCCCCAUGGGGAAAGAGAGAACUUAGAAAAAAAAUCUGAUCCAGGUGUGGAUUGGGACAUUCCAAGGAAUGAAAGUUCUGAUAGUGCUCUUGGUGACAGCGAAAGUGAGGAUGCCGCUCAUGAUGCUGCAAGGACAAGCAGCAAUUAUUAUGGGGCAGAACAAGAAGAAUGGACAGAAGAAGAGGACAUACCAUUUCCUGGGUCAAAAUUAAUUGAAGUGAACUCUGUCCAGCCCAGUAUUGCCAAUUUUGGAAGGUCCUUGCUAGGUGGCUACUGUCCAUUUUACGUACCUGACUUUGUUUUGCAAGGACUAGGAAAUGAUGAGAAACUGAGACACUGUUUGAUGUCAGAUUUGUCGCAUGCUGUGCAGCAUCCUGUUCUGGAUGAACCAAUUGCAGAAGCUGUCUGCAUUAUCGCAGAUACUGAUAAAUGGACAGUGCAAGUGGCCAGUAGCCAGAGACGAAUCAUCGACAACAAACUUGGGAAAGAUGUACUAGUCUCUAACCUUGUCUCCAACCUGCUUCAUUCCACUCUUCAUCUUUAUAAGCAUAAUUUAUCUCCAAAUUUUUGUAUCAUGCAUCUAGAAGAUCGGUUGCAGGAGUUGUAUUUUAAGAGCAAAAUGUUGUCGGAAUAUCUCAAAGGCCAAAUGCGGGUUCAUGUGAAGGAACUGGGAGUAGUACUGGGGAUUGAGUCCAGUGACCUCCCUUUAUUGGCAGCUGUAGCAAGCACCCACUCUCCAUAUGUUGCCCAGAUUCUUCUCUAAAACACCAAAAGGGCAAAGACAAUAAUUCUAUUUUUAUAAAACGGAAGACAAGGAAACAGACGUGAACUUCCAUUUUCCAGACUCAUUCUUGCUUGCAGGCAAGUGACUUGAACAACCUGCCAGCUUGAUAAUGUGCCUCUGCAAGUGAACACAUAAAUGUACGAACAUGUUCCCCUUCUUUUCCUUCCCUAUUCAUUUAAAAAUCAACCAACCAACCAACCAACCAAUGGAACAGAGAUUCAGAUGACUAAAGAAGACACUAGAGCUUGGAGUACUGUACAUGGUUUGGACAAGGAUUGCCAAAGUGAUUGUAACUGCAGACUGUUGAAUUACAGGAUCACCAGAAUGAAGAGCUCCUUUGUGACCUCCAAAGUGCUGUUGGUGCUUGUACAAGGGAUUGGAACCAGCUAAUGUUUGAAGCCAAUGAAUAGUAUAUUUAUAAUGCAUAAUGACAAAGCUCUUUUUGUAACCAAUUCAACUGCAUUAGAAGGACAACAAAAUGUUUAUUUGAUAAAGGCAGUUGGAUUGUAACCAAUUCAACUGUGCCAGAGGUGCAGAAAUUAAUUGUUAAUGGCAGGUAGGAGUUGGGAAGGUAGCGUGCAAUUCUUUCCGUAGGAGGAGGCCUGGGUGUAAUAUUUGUACGAAUGCUUGAUAUUGAUUGAGAAUGAGUGAAUAAAUUUGAAUGUGUGUGUGUGUGUGUGUGUGUGUGUGUGUUUUUGUAGAUUUUCACGGGUGUAGGUAUGCUGGACUUG